AUGCUGAGUAGUUUUGCUGCCUCCCUAACCCAGUCGGUCAGACCAGUGACUAUUAAGGUUUACCUCAGUGCUAUGAAGAACCUGCACCUGGAGCUCGGUUAUGUCGACCCGACCGAGGGCGCGCACUUCCUCAAGCGAGGGUUACGCGGUAUUUGCCAUUGCCAUGGAGUAGCCGCUGUCCACCCCAGGCUGCCAAUCACGUUUCCUAUUCUCUGCAGUCUGGUUGACACCUGCCUAGCUGCUCCAACCAUGUGCCCUCACGACAAGCGCUGCCUGCAUGCCGCUAUGCUUGCCGUGUUCUUUGGUUUCUUCAGAUGCGGUGAACUGCUAGAAGCACCUACCACGCGCGGCUGUUUGACAUUCGAGUCAGGGAUGCUCCAUGUGCACCUACCACGCUCGAAGACAGACCCGUCCGGGGAAGGUACGACCGUGCUGAUCGGGCCAGCGGUGCCGCCAUACUGCGCUGUGAGAGCCAUGCUCACCUACCUCACUGCAACCGCCUCUGCUCGUCCAGGCAGUGCUGUGUUCAUCCUGGCCAACGGGCAACGCCUCAACCGCAGCACUUUUACAGCCCACGUACGCACGCUGCUUAACACCAGCGGCGUGGCAAACUGGCAGGACUAUACAGGCCACAGCUUCAGUAUCGGGGCCGCUACCACUGCUGCCCUUGCUGGCAUCCCCGACCACCAGAUCCGCUCCGCGGGGCAGUGGCGCAGUGAUGCAUUCCUACGCUACAUCCGGACACCACCGUCAUCGGCCCGAACGCUGGCCAGCAAACUAUCCUCAGUAAGAUCAUCUCCCUGA